ACACAUCUGUCUUCUGUUAACUGUUGAAGGUUUAUCAUGGCUCAAGAUACGAUAGCCAAGUUCUGGGUAGCCACUCAAAAGGAGCUGCAAGAUGUCCUCCUUCAGGAGCAGCUUGUUCAGCGUUUCGAACCGACUAAGGAAACGCAACUGGUGCAUGAAAUAAUGUCGGAGCUGUACACUCGCUAUGUUCCCUUGUGUAUUAUGUUGAACCGCUGCUACGAUCAGAUUCUGCAGGUGCAAAAACGAGAGGUGGUCGAAAAGUUGACCGCGGCAGCCAACCGAAGAAUGUUGGAGUUGCUGAACAAGAUCAAGCAAAUGGAGCUCAGUGAGUUCACCUAUCUCGAUGGCACUCUUCGGGAAAGACAUCUUAUUCCGGAAGAUAUUCAGGUAGUGCGACCGUGUUUCUUCCCAUUCGAAAGAUCUUCUGAGCAUCUUUCCAUGAUCAGUAGCCACUCGCUUGAACCGGUUUCAAGUGAUACUGAUACGGAAAUCAGCUCCAGCGAAGAAAGCGCCGAUGAUGAACCACCUCCGGACCCUCGGAGACCUUACAUCAAACGAGAUCGUGUUAAAGAGAAACGUGUCGCCGCCUUAAAUAUGGUGUUGGCCCAUGAAAAAGCUCGACAAGCGCGCCUUAUGAAGUUUUACUUUGAAUUUCAUCCGAAACAGUUCUACCCUAAGCCGAGGGAAGACGAAUUGCUAGAUAUCGAUUAUGAGUUCUUCCAUCGACCGGAUCAGUACAUGCUUAUUCCUAUCAAGCGUACCGUCUUCACGUGGGACUAUCGGUUGAAGAAGAAAGAUGUCGUUGAGUUUCCCUACUACGCUCCGCCUGGCUGGGUUGAUCCAGCCGCUCCGGGCCGAAAAUCAAGAGCCAUAUCAGUUGCCCAGUGGAAACUGGAACAGAUAAUGCCCAAAGUUUUGGAAUCGGAAGAAGAAACGGCAUCUGUCAAUGAAGAGGAAAUUGAAGAGCUUGUUCAAAGUAUUAUCCGGAACAGGAUGGCUAGGAAAAUUCAGCGCUAUUGGAAGAGUUAUAGGGAAAGAAAAGAGAAAAUUCGUAUUCGCUAUGAGAAAUCGUUAUUUCUGGGUCUAAUGGAUCCGAUGGAACGCGGUCCGAAUCUAAUGGAACGCAUCGAGAAAGCGGAAAUAGAGAGACGGAAACGAAAACCUGAAUUCGAUGAGGCAUUUCUGCAGGCGAUCGUAGACGAGAGGGCCCGAAUUCUGCAACAGAAAUCACCCUGGAUUAUGGAAGACAUUUCGGACCACAUUCGUGCGUGGUUCACAGAGUUCUACCAAAUAGCGGGCGCUUUCGAUCGAUAUCCAGAAGAAUGGGAAGGUGGGACGCUGCUGGUGGUCAAAGGAGAAACAAUGACCCCGGAUGAGUAUUUGGAAUCCGAAAGAAAGAAAGCGUUGGAAAAGUUGAAAACUGCCGACCAGAAGCGCAAGGAAGCCGAAGCUAAGAAAAAAGCCAAAGAACUGGAAAAGGAGAAAAAGAAAGAAGAGAAGGAACGUUUGAGGGAACUAAGGCGGGAAGAGAAAGAACGCGAAAAACGCGAAGGAAAGUCAUAUGACUUCCGGAAGCCCGAAUUUGCUACAAACGCUUACAUUACUUUGGAAGAAACGAUCGCUCGCUAUAAAAAGGAUUGGUAUUUUAUUGACGAGCUGGGGAACCGAGAUGAGCUUCCCAUCAUGGAGUGGAUUACAUUGGAAAAAUUUGCCGAAGUGCAUCAGGAGCUGAGGCCAUUGGUAGAUGAAGUGCUUCGUGGUGAACGAGAACUGCUGCAGAAGGCUCUUUGUAAAGAUAACAAGAAGAAAUACAAAGCACCAAAACCGAAGAAGCAAAAGAAAGGCAAAGGUAAAGGUAAAGGCAAGGGUAAGAAAAAGAAGGAACCUGUUGAUUUAACCGGUGAUAGGACUAUUGACUCUCUGUAUGAGGAGCUGAUAGAACUGAACAUUUUAAGAACUUACAAAAAACGUAAAAUUGAUGAUUUUAUCGGAGAUUUUAACUAUGCUUCUUAUGAAAAGCGGAAUUAUUUGGAGCAAGAUCCGGCACCGGGUAUGGGCGAGGUCCGAAAUAUUUUAAGGUCAUGGUUGUUCGGAAUGGGUCCUGUUGACCUGCCCAGACCGAAAUCUUUCUGUCUAGUGGGCGCUCCAGGGUAUGGUAAAACCAUGCUUAUGGAAGCAAUCUGUAGCGAGACGGAUUCCGUUUUGUUCAAGCUAGACGCAACUACAGCUGCUCCGAUUCCGGCUGCAGAAUUACCUCUCCUGAUGCACAAAAUUCUGAAAAUGGCACGUAUCCUCCAACCGGCAGUUAUUUUCAUCAAGGAAGCUCAUCAGAUAUUCUACAAAAAAGUUCCCCCCGAUGAGAAAGAACUUGAUCCCACCAAACUGAGCAAGGAUCUGUUCAAAAGGCUCAUCAAACCGAUUAAGAAGACGGAGAAGAUACUGAUCGUUGGAACGUCCAGCCAGCCGUGGAACAGCAAAGUUCCUAAAUUGAAAAAGUGUUUCGAAAAAUUUCUGAUCCUACCGAAAACGGAAUACGGCACCACCCAGCUGCUGUGGCGUUAUGCCCUGAAUCGUAAGGUUGGCAUUCCGAAGGACUUUGACCUGUCUGCCCUGUCUUUGGUCACCAAAGGGAUUGCGCCGAAGCAGAUUCUCGACUGCGUCAACCGAGUUUUGAAUAUUCGCAGACGCAUGAGUUUAUCACGGCACCCUAUAACUGCCAAUGAGCUGCUCGAUUACUUUUUGAACAAAAACCCAGCCGAAUAUCCCAUCACUGAUAAGGAAUACGAUAAAUAUUUAAAAUUCUACCGCAAAGUAGACGCCUUGGAAAAGAAACGCGCCAAAAUGAUCAAAGCCCGAGAGGAAGCAAAAUUGAAAGUGAAGGGGAAAAAGAAAUAGUUGAGUUUUCGGAUUUAAUAAAAAAAAAAGAUAUUUUUUCUUCAAAAAUGA